AUGAAUAGAGAGCAAUUUUUACUAGAUCGCAAAAAAGGAAUAGGAGGCUCGGAUGUAGCCUCUAUUCUUGGAGUAUCACCAUUUAGAACAGCUUUAGAAGUUUAUUACGAUAAAACUAGCCCAGAGCUUUACCUUGAUGAGCCAACUGAAGAUAUGCAACGUGGCGUACGAGUUGAGAAAUACAUACUUCAAGAAUAUUCAGAGCGAUCAGAAGUCCAGCUUAACACUAAUAUUCCUACUAUUGUUGAUAAUCAGUAUUCAUUUAUGCGGGCCAAUAUUGACGCUAAAGUUAUUGGUCAGAACGUAAUUGUAGAAGCAAAGUCAACGAAGGCUCCAAUUUCUUCAUGGGAGAGCGGAAUACCAGAAUAUUACAAAGCGCAAGUAGCCUAUUAUGCCAUGCUUACAGAUGCUGAAUAUGUUGAGCCAACAAGCCCAGAGGAAUUAAUGGCAGCUUAUCCAAAGCUAGAGGAAAAGAUUAUUGAAGCGGAUAAUGAUAUUCGUGAAAAAGUCUACCUACUGCAAGAAGCCCAAGCACAGCGUAAAAAACUAGAAGAGCAAGAAAAGCAGCUUAAAACGCAAAUACAGGGGUAUAUGGGCGAUGCUGGGCUGCUUGACGCUGGUUUUUGCAAAGUAGCACUUAAAGAAAUUAAGUCUACAAGGUUCAAUGCAAAUGCUUUUAAGGAAAAGUACAUGGAGCUUUAUCAGCAAUACCUAAAUGACAGCAGUUACAGAAAAUUACAAUUUAUCGGAGGUUAA